AUGAGGUGCUGGUUCCGGGUGCCCUCCCUGGUUCUGGUCCUGGUCCUGGUCCUGGUCUUGGGGUCCAGCUCCGGUCAGGACCACCAUGAGGUUCCCGUCCCGGAUCACGGUCUCUGCCAGACGGUGUCGGUCCCGCUCUGCUGGGACCUGCCGUACAACCGGACCAUCCUGCCCAACCUGCUGGGCCACGCGGACCAGGAGUCGGCCGGGCUGGAGGUGCACCAGUUCUACCCGCUGGUCCAGGUCCGCUGCUCCCCGGACCUGCGGUUCUUCCUGUGCUCCAUGUACGUGCCGGUCUGCACGGUCCUGGACCGGCCCGUGCCCCCCUGCCGGUCCCUGUGCACCCGGGCCCGGCGGGGCUGCGAGCCGCUCAUGAACCGCUUCGGCUUCCGCUGGCCCGACAAGCUGCGCUGCCAGAACCUGCCGGUCCACGGCGCCGGAGAGCUCUGCGUGGGUCAGAACCCGGACCUAGACCAGGACCCGGGCUCGGACACGGGCUCAUACCCGGGCCCGGACCUGCCCUUCACCUGCCCUCUGCAACUACAGGUGCCGCCUUACCUGCACUACCGGUUCCUGGGGGCGGCGGACUGCGGCGCCCCGUGCGAGCCCGACGGCCUCAUGUUCUUCAGCGAGGCGGAGCUGCAGUUCAGCCGGGUCUGGGUCGGUACCUGGUCCGGCCUGUGCUGCGUCUGCACCGCCUUCACCCUCGUCACCUACCUGUUGGAGCCGCGGCGGCUCCGCUACCCGGAGAGGCCCGUCCUCUUCAUGAGCGUCUGCUACUUCAUGGUGGCGGCGGGCCACGGCGCCGGCGUGCUGCUGGGGGGCCGGCCGGCGUGCUCGGCCCGGUUCCAGCCGGACGGGUACCGGCUGGUGUCGCAGGGCACCCACGACCCGGGCUGCACCCUCCUCUUCGUCGUGCUGUACUUCUUUGGCGCGGCUGGCUCCCUGUGGUGGCUCGUCCUGGGCUUGUCCUGGUUCCUGUCGGCCGGGAGGAGGUGGGGGUCCGAGUCCAUCCAGGCCGUGUCCGGCUACUUCCACCUGGCGGCCUGGGCGGCGCCGGCUCUGCAGACGGCCGCCGUCAUGGCCGCCGGCCGGGUGGAGGGCGACCCGCUGGCCGGCGUCUGCUACGUGGGAACCUCGGGUCUGGUCCUGGCGCCGCAGCUCGUCUGCCUCUUGGCCGGGUUUUCCCUCCUGCUCGCCGGGCUCCGGUCGCUGGUCCGGAUCCGGGCGGCCGUGAGGAGCCGCGGCGACCGGACGGAGCGGCUGGAGAGGCUGAUGCUGCGCAUCAGCGUGUUUGGAGCGCUGUACGGGGUCCCGGCCGGCGCGGUGGCCGCCUGCCUCCUGUACGAGCAGGCGGCCCGGCCGCGCUGGGAGGCGGCGUGGCGCCGCAGGACCUGCCGGCACCUCGGGGUGCCCUGCCCGGGCGGGAACGCUGCGCCGCUCGACGCCCCGCACUUCUCCGUGUUCAUGGUCAAGUACCUGAUGACGAUGGCGGCCGGCGUCGCCUCCGGCUGCUGGAUCUGGACCAGGAAGACGCUGCGGUCCUGGCAGCGGUUCUGCAGGAGGCCGAGCGGCGCGGAGGGACGGCGGGCGGAGUUCAGGGGAACCGUCGGCUGGGAAAGUCACGCAGGACCGAGAUGA